AUGCAUCUUGAUCAUCUAAAUAAACAAAAUAAUAACUUCAAUCUCAUGCUUGGUGAGUUUGAUAAGACUAGCAAGUCUUACCUGUUGCACUCCAUACGUUAUGAUCAUCCAUUAUCAGCAGCAGCAUGGAUGAAUGAAUUCCGAAAUGGUGCUGCAGUCAAAAUGGAUUACCCAUUCAAAUCUGCAGGUUAUCAUGUUUCAUUGAAAAGUGCAUGUAAUGGUUUGGUUUACUUAGGUUUAAAUGAUGGUAGAGAAUUCAGUCUCUGUCUUUGGAAUCCAGCCACCAAGGAGUACAAGAAACUUCCGGAAUCACUGAGUGCAGAUCUCAACGACAUCCAGUACAGCUAUUGGUUCGAGGGUUGUGCGGUUUAUGGUUUGUGUUAUGAUUACGAGACAGAUGACUACAAGGUGGUGAAAGUGGUCAACUUGACGGGAUCAAUGUAUAGUUUUGCCUAUGUUUACACGCUGGGAUCAAAUUCCUGGAAACACACUCAGAAUAUCCCCUAUAAGUUUGUUUUUUGUUACCGUACAGUAUCCGGGAAGAAUGUUAGUGGAGAUCUUGGUUGUCCAGAGGCUUCUGAAUGGGUGGAAGAUGUUUUGAAUCAUCUUAAAAAAGAUGGGUCUCAAUGCAAGAAAGAGAUUAAGUUAGUGGGUGAUGUUUCGGAUGGUUUAAGAGGCUUUUACAAAUGA